AUGGAGGUCAUCAUCAGGAACGAGGGCAAAUACCCCGCGAGGGCCCCAGUCGAGCUGUUCGACGAGUAUGCCAAAAACAACAACCAGGAAAGAGGGAUGUCGCUUGUAAACGGCCCAGAAUGGCACCGCGUGCGCUCUGCAACCCAACAGCAUCUUCUGAAACCCCACUCUGCUGCCGUAUACGUGGGCGCUCAGGCUGCCGUUGCCAACGACCUCAUCACCAGAAUGUCUAAAAUCACAUACACUCCAGAGGAGUUCAGAAAUGAACUAUUCCAAUAUGCGACAGAAAGUAUUGGAGUCGUGGCCUUCAACAAGCGCCUUGGCUUCAUGGCGCCCGAUGGCAGCAGCUUGUCCACGGAAAACGCCAACUACAUCACGGCCAUCCAGACCUUCUUCGCGCUGUUCUAUGAAGAUAUUGGUUUAUCUCUGUACAAAGUCUACCCUACAAAGCUGUACAGGCGCUUCGAAAAAGUAGCUAAGGAGGCUUACGGCUACGGGCGUGCCCAUAUAAGAGAAGCAAUGGCGAGAUUUGAUCGUGAAAUAAGGAAAGGAACCUUCGAUCCAGAAGAGCCAAAUCUGAUCCUUCAGCUUCAGGCCCAUCCCAAUAUGAAAGAAGGGAGCGUGGAGGCCAUAAUGCUGGACCUACUGACCGCGGGCACAGACUCGACUGCAAAGAACGUUGAGUUCCUGCUACUGAGUCUUGCCCUGAAUCCCAGCAAACAGCAGACGUUGUACGAGGAGAUUGUGGAUGUCAUUGGUCCAAAGGGGAGCCCAAUCCUGGCUGAUCACAUGACAAAGAUGGCGUACUACAGGUCAUGCAUGAAAGAGUCAUUCAGGUUAAAUUUCCCAUUGCCUUUUGGAACAUUGCGAGUUCUCCCAAAGGACGUAAUGAUUGGGGACUACUUGGUCCCGAAAGGAACUGUGGUAGUUUGCAACAAUCGCCGUCUCCUUCUGAACAGCGAAUAUUUCGAGUCCCCGAGUGAAUUCCUCCCAGAACGGUGGCUGCGAUAUGGAACCAACAAAAAGAGGGACAAAGACUACCCAGGUGUUGCUCUCCUGCCAUUUGGGUUUGGGCUCAGAAAAUGCAUCGGUCGACGUUUCGCUGAGCAGGAGCUUUGGCUGGCAGUAACUAAGAUUUUACAGAAUUUCAAAGUGACAGUAUCGCAAGAAGAUCGAAACUAUGAAAUCAUAUACACAACAUUUGGUCAAGUAAAGAAGCCUAUCAACUUCACGUUCAAACCAAGGUAACAGCGCCCACAUGGGACACGGAUUGCGGUGCCACGCCAAAUCUCAAGGAUAGGUCACAAGAGAAUAGAAUGAACAAGUAUGUCUCCAACAUAGGCCGCAAUAUAUUGCUAGCAAUGUGAAUAUACAGUAAGACCUCAACAAAUUAAUGGAAGGAUGACGUUCUUCUGAAUCAAAGAGAAGAGUGAUGUGUUUUGGAAUAUAUGGGAAGCUAAGUCAUGACCCUUUGUAGAUAUGGGGACAAGGGUAAUAUCCCUUUGUAGAUAUGGGAAGUGGAGAAAUGUCCCUUGUAUAUAUAGGAAGCGGAGUAAUGUCCCUUUGUAUAUAUAUGGGAAGCGGAGUAAUGUCCCUUUGUAUAUAUAUGGGAAGCGGAGUGAUGUCCCUUUGUAUAUAUGGGAAGCGCAGUGAUGUCCCUUUGUAUAUAUGGGGAGCUGUGAAGUGUCCCUUUGUUGAUAUGAGGCGGUAACUAAUGUAACUUAGUACACAUGUACAGCCAUACCCAUCGGUGGUACCUGGAGGUAACUGGAAUUAACGUAGGUUCACUGUAUAUGAAGAUCACGAGGAAGUUUGUUUAAUUAGCCGAGAAUAUAAACUUUAUGUUUUCAGAUUGUUUUGGGACAUUGUGAAAAAUAAACGUUAUCAGACACUUUCCGAAGCAACAACUAAAUAGAAUUUGUUCUAAUAGUUAUUGAUCGAUCUGAAUAUUUAAUUAAUGUGAUAUCCACUUCUCGAAACAGAAUAUCAUGGGGUUUUUUUCAAGUUUGAGAUGCAGAAAAAAAGAUAGUUGUAAAUAAGAGAUAUGUAGUGAAAAGUACAAGACUCUCCUUCAGCUGCAAGAUAAUGCAAUUCCCCGUAAUCAUUUGUUGAAAGAAAUGAAAAUGUUUUUCGGAUUAAUCAACAUUUGUCAAAUGAUUCCGAAGAAUGGUUGACUCCAAUUUGCAGCCCUAAACAGUUUUUGUGCGCACGUGAGUAUACAGUUGGAUGUAUAUGCCCCGCCAAUCAUUUAUUCUGGCAUAUUUGUAUAUCAAAUCACCAAACGUUUGUGUACCAGAUACUGUUGUGAAAAUAAAGAUUA